AUGUAUAUACCCUUGAUAGGCCGCUUGUCGCUCAGCGAAUGGCCAGUGAUUCUUAUAUCAUUUGCUUUAACUUGGAUAGAGUAUUUUGUGGCUGUAAUCACUACCUUACUCCCAAUUGGUGUUAUCAAUGCAUUUUCGAAAGCACUCCUGAUUUUUUAUAGCUUCACGACCAAUCCGAUAAGGCUUCUCAACGUCGUUCGGGAUGAUGAGAUUAAGUACAGCUACUUGGAUCGUCGGUCGGGGACAAGCAUAAGCUCCCAGGAGUAUGAUCGAAUGAUUGGAUUGCUUAACAGCACUGAUAUUAGAGAGAUGUGCCAGCUUUUUGGAUAUGAUGUCGAGCAAAGACUUGUCAAGACCGAUGAUGGAUAUCUUCUCACAAUUCAAAGAAUUACAAAGCCCGGCAAACAGGCCAGAAGAAGCGGAAAAGUAAUAUAUUUACACCAUGGUCUUUUGAUGAGUUGCGAGAUUUGGGUCACCAUGUUGGAGAAAAACUUAAACUUGCCAUUCAUAUUGUAUGAUUUGGGGUUUGAUGUCUGGUUAGGUAAUAACAGGGGCAAUAAAUAUAGCCAAAAGCAUUUGUACUACAAGUUAAAUUCAGAAGAAUUUUGGAAUUUUUCUCUCGAUGAAUUUGCAUUGUUUGAUAUACCCAACUCUAUUGAUUAUAUCUUGAAGGAGACGGGAGAGAGCUCACUAACAUACAUUGGUUUCAGUCAGGGAACCGCACAAGCUUUUGCAAGCUGUUCGAUUAACCCAGAAUUGGAUAAAAAGAUAGAACAGAUAAUUGCAAUAUCUCCCGCAACAACGCCACAUGGACUAUAUUCAAAAUUUUUAGACAUUUUAUUAAAGUCAUCACCUGGCAUCGUGUACUUGUUAUUUUCCAGAAGAAUUUUGAUGCCUUCAGUAAUAUUUUGGCAAAAGAUUAUGUAUCCUCCAUUUUUUGAUACGAUGAUUGAUAUAUCGAAUUACAUUCUAUUUAAUUGGAAAUCUCAAAAUAUAACUAAAAUUCAGAAGUUGUGUUCUUAUGCUCAUUUAUAUUCGACAACGUCAGUGAAAACGGUGGUCCACUGGUUCCAAAUAAUUAGUCAUAAAAAUUUUCAAAUGUAUCAUGAUAAUUCCCUGUUGACUGGCCUCAAUCCAAUUUCAUAUCCUUUAAAAAAUAUAAAGAUACCAAUUCAUCUCAUUUACGGUACUUCAGAUUCUCUUGUGGAUAUAAAUGUCAUGAAAUCACAACUACCGGAAGAACAUACGACUGCUCAUGCAGUUGAAAACCAUGAGCAUCUAGACAACUUAUGGGGCUAUGAUGUGUACGAUAAGGUAUUCAGGCAUGUAUUGGAGUAUCUAUAUGAGUCGUAUUCUUUGGAUCCUACUAGUCCUAAUGCUUCUAUUGCUGAUAGCUCAAAAACUAUAUAUAAAUCUCAUUUGAAGGCUGCAAACGACCAUGAGGAUAUUUUUUUCAAUGGAGAGACCGCUGUUGAUAAUAGUGGUGAUGUGAUACGAAGAAAUCCAUCAACUGGAGGCUCUGUAUUUAUAUAG